AUGUGGCACGUCCAUCCUCUGGCAUGGAAAUCUGGUGUGGCAGGAGUGAACAGCCUGAUAACAAUAAUGCUCUACGGCCUUGAGGGCACCAUCAGCAAAAUCUCAUCGCCAUUACGAGUCUGCAUGUACAGGCAGGGAAAUGUCCCCGCGUUUUACAGAGCUCCUCCCACUGAUCAUCAGUACCUCCCUGGGGCACAACUUGUCCGCGGCAACCGAGGCCGGACUUGGCCGUAUUCCAGAUGCCAGCCCUUGCCAAUUUCACACAUCUAUAACGACAGGACUUCCUCAGUUCUUUACUCUCUCUCAUCAGGGGCUUCUUGGCUCCGUUUCCUAAGAGUGGAUGUAAUCAUCUGCCCAGCAGCAAUAAGAUCCAGCAAAGAGGAGUCUUCUGCUUCUGACGCGCAACUUGUCUACUUCUUUUCUCGAGCCUCGCUUUGGUCGUCUAGCAACGAUGAAGCGUCAUCUGAAGCCGAGGGCCUUCAGAUGUCUGAAGAGCCACAAUCGUCGAUGUACAUAAAGAGUACAAGGGAUUUCCUCAUGGAGCAUCUCGACGCUUCCCGAAGCCACUUGUCCGGGAUCCUCCCUACCAUCCUGAUGCGGUCUUCUUAUUCAGCAACCGAGAGAAUAUCCAUGUCAACAGAGUGCGACGAUCAACUGCAACAGAUGUGCCUGGCAAUCUUCCGCCAAGGCCGCAUUCAGCGAUCGGGGUUUGCCAACGGCUAA